AUGUCAGGCAACUUAAAAAGAUCGCUUCAUGCCCUUGGAGCUAAAACAACUUAUGAAAAAUCUCUUCUCAAAGCAACUUAUCAUGGCGACAACGACCCUCCCAAAGAAAAGCACGUUCAAACAGUUCUAUGGACCCUUCAAGGCCAAAACAUGCAAACUCCACCAGAAGUAGCUUUUUCGCUUCUGACCCAACAGCUCUUGACCAGCAGCUGGGCAACUCUGCUUACUCCCCCCCUCCGUGAGUGAACAAAACCAUUAGAAAAAUCCCUAUUUUUUGCCCAAAAACCCACCCUCCGUGAGUGAACAAAAAUUUUUUUAUGGAAAAAAAUUUUGAUAUAUAAAUGAUAAUUAAUAUAAUGAAAUCUAGAGCUAAUUCUGUUUAAUUUUAAACAAAAUGCAUUUUAAAACAUAAAUUUUAUAAAUUAAAUUAAUAUUUGCUUUCAAAUUUUUGCAAAUUAGGAUUUUUUUAAAUUUCGAAAAAAAAAAUUUUUUUAGAAAAUUUAUAUAUAAAUUUUUUUUAAAAAAAAAAAAUUAACCCCCUCCGUGAGUGAACAAAAUUUUUUUGUUCACUCACGGAGGGGGGGGGAGUUAAAGCCUUCAUAAUCCUUCACCGAGGGAUUGAGCAAGUAGGGACAGGCUACUCAGCACGUCUCGCAGAGCUGAACAUUUCAAUGCAAAACUUUAAUGACCCAAGCGAGCGUGGCAGUGCUCACAAUCAAAUAAUCCAAGACUACUACGUUUUUAUUAGAUCCAAAGCACUCAACCAUUCACGAAAAGGCUCAAUCAUGCUUGUUCAGCAGACUGACUUGCAUAAGUCAAUAGAAAAGAUGUCUGACACAGAUUUGAUCAAAGAAAUUGGGUAUUUAUUGACUGAGCUGCAAAAUCUGGUGAAAUUAGGGCCAAGUCUAAGCCAGGCAAUUAGGAACUAUCAGCUGAGGGUCACCCAGAAUGCAGCCUUUUUGGUGUUAAAAGAUGCUACGCCUCUUUAUAGAGUUAUUUCUUUGGUACUAGAUAGAAUGGUUGAUAGGUUUUUCGCACUGGAUAGGCAGAUGGCAGAAAUUGCGAUGGAGCAUUAUAAAAGAUUUGAAACAUGCACAAGGAUGUUAAGCCAAUUUUUUGAACUUGCACACCAUCUGCCAUUUUCUGGGCUCAGCCCACCAACUUUUGUGAACAGGCCUCGAGAGAUUGUAGCAUCAAUGAGGUCAUAUAUUUCUGACCAGCCUGAGCAUGUACCUGGGACAGAAAAAGCGCCUGAUAUUCCGGAAGAUCUACAUAUGUCCCCUUCAGAGUUAGAAGAGCAGCGCAGAAUGCUAGAAGAAUAUGAAAGGCAGCAUAAUAAAAGAGUUGAAGAAGAAAAGAAGAGAAACCCGCCACCCCCAUCUCAGUCUAAGCAAGAGGUUCCUGCUAAGCAAGACGACGAUUUAAUAUUCCAAGAAAUUGUUCCACCAUCAGCUACGAAAACUGAUCCAAAAGCCGAUUUUGUGAUGUCUGCGUUCAAUCAGCCCGCUACAAAUCCUGGAAACCCGAAUGAUCCUAAUGCUAUGAUGAAUCCUAUGAUGAACCCUAUGAUGAACCCAAUGAUGAACCCUAUGAUGACUGGAAUGAUGAUGAAUCCUAUGAUGAACCCUAUGAUGAAUCCUUUUAUGACUGGAAUGAUGAUGAACCCAAUGGUUAACCCUAUGAUGACUGGAAUGAUGAUGAACCCUGCCAUGCAGACAGGACAGCCCGCUGUCAAGUCAAACUUAGAUCCUCUUUCUCAGCCAGUCGGCAAUGCUGUUCCUGACAAGAAAAAUAAUCCUUUCAACAGAGCUUCAACAGGCGCAAACCCAUAUGGGCCACCAAAAAAUCAAGGGGGAUAUCCAGUUAAUGCAGGCUCUUCACUCGACAACUUAUUCACCCAGCCAGCACCUCAAAGAAGUGCUAAUCCUUUCGAAACCUCGAACCCAGCUCCUAAUCCAUUUGGAGGGCCGAGUCCUCAGGCUUCAAAUCCGUUUGGCACUCAGCAGCCUAAAGGAAAUGCCCCAAGAGAUCCCUUUUCUGAUCUAAUUUAA